CAGUCUCAUGGUAUCAAUCAUGACAGUCUGUGAUGAAACAAAUGACUUCUGACCUGAUACAAUUACCUGUUCACCUGUCACAAUUAUCUCUUGUUCAGCCCCAGAUUUGGCUUCCCUGCCACGUUGGCACCUGUUCGCAACUCUUCGGUUUUCAUCAAAGAGAAUCCAAAGACUAACAAAAAAACGACAAUGUCUCUUCAGGAAUUCCUUCCUCAAAUCAAGGUCCCAGAAGAGUAUCUGGAGUUUGGAAAGGAGAUCACCCUGUCCCGUACAGAAGUGGUCCCGGUGUCAGCGGAUUUCUACUGGUCAGGAUUUGAUGACUUCUUCUUCUUGGAAAGCUUCAUGGGCCUGCAUAAGAACAUGGAGGUCAUCAAAGGAGACGGAGGGGUUGGGUCUGUGGUCGAGGUCGACCUGAUGGACGAAAGGGUCCAAAAGGAGAUUGUUAAGAAGGAUGACGCCACUAAGACUUGGGUCGUCGCUUUCUUGGGCAGCAGCUCUCUCUUCACUUCUUAUUCAGCUACUAUCAAGGUGGAUGAGGAUACAAGCGAGACUGCAAAAGUUACGUUGACCCUGAGGGGAGUCAUCGCCCUAAAGGACGACAACAGGAGGCGAGCUCACAUUGCCUACCUGAUGUACAUGAUGCGCAACCGCAUCAACAAGGUUAUGGCUGUUAUUGCAGAUAAGAAGGACGAUGAGGUGCGGAUCGAGCUUGAUGUGGACUGCUCCUUCAAGAAGCUGUGGGGCGCAGUGGGCGCAUGGGGGGACAUCUCCUGGUUUAUGGACGCGACAGGCGUUGAGGUCUUACCUGAUUACCAAAACAACGACCUGCGAAUGAAGAUCACCUACGGGACGGAUGUCUCUGAGUAUCGUCUGGUGGAGACGAUCGACGACGACGACGACGACCCGGCUAUUCUGCAGUAUGAGACUGUCAUCCCGGGCGUUCUGUAUUAUCGUGGCAAGGUCGAGCUGUUCAAGAUAGAUGGGAACAAGACCAAGCUCAAGUUCACCUGCUACUUUCUUCCAAAACCUGGAUCAACCCCCCACGCGGACAUCAAGGCGCAGACGGAACAAUGGAUGAAGUGGAUCCAAUCAACGUUUGCUGAGAACUGAAGCACUUCACCUUCAAGCUGCCAGAGGGCGUUGCUGUACCUUCACAGUUGGCUGCUUUGGACUAACCUUGAGACAUUACAGAUAUUACUUAUAUAUAUGAAAUGGUAAAGAAAAAUCCAGGCAACGUUAUGUAUUUCGGUUCAGUUAUACGGUUUGAUGGCAUUGACAUCUGUCUUUAUUUCUUCAUUGGUUAAGUUCCGUUUAAUUUUAAUGAUAUCUAUAUACUAGGGCAGCAAACCUGUUUUAACGUCAUCAAAUGACAUUACCAAGCCCAUACAAAGAAAAAUAACCUCCUUUCGCUCUGAAAUUCUUAAGCAUCUUCUUUUCCAAAUCUAAAGAUCUAACAAAAUAAUUGUAAACAGGCGUAUCAUGUACAAGUAUUGCAUUGUAUUGCUUCUGAAUGGACGGUUUGUAUCCAUUUUGUGCUUAGCUUGCAGUCUUGCAAAAUAACCGAUUUCUACAAUUUUGUACGGUGGUAAUAAAAUGCAGUGGGAAAAUCUGUGUGAA